CGGCGGCGGGGCCGGGCUAUUUAUAGCAGCCGCCCGGCGAUAUAAGGGAUGGCGGGCGCGGGCUGCGCUGCCGUGGCCGCCGGGGCCAGAGCGCGCGGGGGCCGCGGGCGCCUCAGGGCGGGCGCUGAGGGCGCGGCCCCGCAGCCCGGCGAUUCCUGCUGAAAUGCGGCGCCCCACGCUGGCAUGAGCCCCCCCGGCGGGAGCAGCGCGCCCCGGGCACCGCCGCUUUCCCUGGCCGCAGCUCGGUGUCGGGAAGAAAGCGCUGUCGCCGACUGUCGCCGUGGAGCCGCCGCUCGCGGCAGCGCCGGACGCCGGGCAAGGGACGGACGGAGAUAUCUGGUGUGAUAGAGUGUAUAUCCAGACUGCAGAGGGCCAAACACCCCACCAGCAUCACUCCUGAACCAGAACAGCUGCACUAGGGUCAGAACUGGCCCAGCACCUCUUCUCAGAAGUUAUCUGAGAGGAAGUUCUGUUUAUUAAAGUUUUUGUCCUUUUUGUAGCUGGAUUCAAGCCAAGAACCUCUACCCACAGCUGCCAAGCCUGGCAUCCCUACUGGCUCCAGCAGGUUCAGCACACUGGAAGCAUGGCUACAAGCGCUGUUCCCAGCGAAAACCUCCCCACGUACAAGCUGGUGGUUGUUGGAGAUGGUGGUGUGGGCAAGAGUGCUCUCACUAUUCAGUUCUUCCAGAAGAUUUUUGUGCCAGACUAUGACCCAACUAUUGAAGACUCCUACCUGAAGCACACGGAAAUAGAUGGGCAGUGGGCAAUUCUUGAUGUUCUGGAUACUGCAGGCCAAGAGGAGUUCAGUGCAAUGAGGGAGCAGUACAUGAGGACUGGAGAUGGUUUCCUCAUCGUCUACUCGGUGACAGACAAGGCCAGCUUCGAGCAUGUGGACCGGUUCCACCAGCUGAUCCUCAGAGUCAAGGACAGGGAGUCUUUUCCAAUGAUUUUGGUGGCAAACAAAGUUGAUCUAAUGCACUUACGGAAAAUUACAAGAGAACAGGGGAGAGAAAUGGCAACAAAACAUAACAUUCCUUAUAUAGAAACGAGUGCCAAGGACCCACCUCUGAACGUGGACAAGGCCUUCCAUGAUCUUGUGAGGGUAAUUAGGCAACAGAUCCCAGAGAAAAGCCAGAAGAAGAAGAAAAAGACCAAAUGGCGAGGGGACAGAGCCACGGGCUCCCACAAACUCCAGUGUGUGAUUUUGUGACAGGACACCCUGGGAGUGCCUUGGAUGCCUCCCUGCUGCCCUCCUGACCCCCUGGCAGCCCGGGCGAGGAGCUGCAGCUCGGUGCUGAUGCCCACACGGCCCCGUGGCCCCCGGCUCCCCACGGUGGCUCAGACUCGGAGCAGGCGGCUCCAAAGGGUCCGGACCCCCGGAGAGGGGCUGCACAUCAGGGCCAGCCUGGGAGCUGUGUCAAUGGGAGGCAGAAGGGAUCAGCAGGACCUCAACUCUCAAACAUCCCCAGCACCUUCCAGGGGCCUCCAUCAUGUUUAUAAAAACAAACAAACAAAAAAAAAAAAAACAAGGCAGAAGUUUAAAAAAAAUGUUGGUUUUAUCUGCAAACAUUUCUCUUUGUGACCCAUUUCUGAACAGCCGUGAAUAGCCCCCCUGUUUGGUACAAUUGUCUGUGUAUGUGUGGGGGAAGGGAAAGGGUUUUUCUUUCUCCUAAUUUUUUUUGUCCUGUUCUUCCUUUUUGUUGUUUGCUCAGCAAGUGUUGGGUUGCAAAGAAACAACGGCCAGGCUUAGAUUUUUUGCACUGGACUCUCUCUUGGGCAGCAGUGCCAAAACACAACUUCAUAUGAAAGUGCAUAGAUUUGGAGGAAGAAAAUUAAUUCCAGCUGCUCUGGGUGCUCCAGACAUUGUGUCAGACUCUGGAGGGUUGCCAGCUCACAGACCAUAAACUCCAGUUUAGGAAAGGAGGUUUGGGCUUGGAUUAUGUAUUUUUUUUUCUUACCCUUUGUCAAGAGGUUUUGUUUCUGUUUUGUAACUUCGGACAUGUCAAACUUAAGACAUUUUGUUAACCUGGAAGUAUUUAAAUUAAAGUAAUUUACAAAUGGAA